AUGGCGAGGCUGCGAAGGAGGGGGAGGGGGAGGUGGAGGGGCGUGAGGUGGCUGAGCCAUUACUCAUCGGGGCAAAGCAUUCUGAUCGUCGGAGACGGGGAUUUCUCCUUCUCGCUGGCUCUCGCCGCCGCGUUCGGGACCGGCCGGAACAUCGUCGCGACGUCGCUGGACUCCUAUGAGGCUCUGUCUCGCAAGUAUAGCAAAGCACAAUCAAAUGUAAUGGAGCUGAAGAAAAGGCGCACCACGGUUUUGCAUGGUGUUGAUGCGGAGACGAUGAAGGGUCAUACUAAUCUGAAGAUGAGACUAUUUGAUCGGAUUGUCUUUAAUUUUCCUCAUGCUGGAUUCCAUGGAAAAGAGUGUGAGAUGCAUGUUGUCAGGUUGCAUAGGGAGCUUGUGAAGGGGUUCUUUGUCAAUGCACGAGAGCUGCUUCAGCCGGAUGGUGAAAUCCACAUUAGCCACAAGACAGGAUAUCCUUACGACGGGUGGAGUAUCGUGCAACUUGCCUCCGAAUCUUCUCUGGCUAUGAUUGACAUAGUUAGUUUCCAGAAACAAGACUACCCCGGCUAUAGCCCAAAGAGAGGAAAUGGUUCAAAGUCCAACAAUACUUUCCCUCUUGGUGACUGCAACACAUACAAGUUCGUCGCGAAACAUAAUGUUGCUCAGGGAGAACAUGCAUGCCACUGCUAUAUGUGCCGAGAUAGGUAUUUCUCGCCAUACUUUGACUAUGCGAGUGGUCUCGCCACACUCGGAGUUGGGCAUGGGGGGCACCUUGCAUAUUGGUGAAAUUCAGUGAACUGGUCGUAGUAGUACGUACUAAGGGUGUGUUAACAAACUAGUUCUGAAACCUGGGAUGCCUUUGGUGAACUUAAUGUGGGACGACAUUUCAUGUGGCGGAGCACCUUUGAACUUCCAUGGUCCAUGGACAAUCA